GCUACCUGACAACUCUAAAUACACCUCCCAGCCACGAAAUCUUGCAUAAUUUACCAAAAACAUUCACUUCGCUUCCAAAGUUCGCUGAUCUAGGUCGGGUCUGAAGAGUGAUUUGAUUUCGCAACAUGCAGUGUCCGUUUCUGAACCGCUUUACUGCCAACUUCCUUCGCAAUUAUGCGGAGGUGCUCACCCAAUCCUAUGGGAUGUAUUGUCCCGUGAUGGGGAAAACUCUAAACACUGCUGCGGCUGCAUCUGGAGCUGCAACGGCUGGCGAGAAGGGACUUUCACUCGUCGCUUCGCUGCCAUAUGCGUCAACUGUUACAAGGUCUUAUUCGACGGAGAGCAAGCGUUUUGGGGCUGCUGACCCUGGACAGGUUGCUGCCUGCCCCUCUCAGGCCACCUCCUCCUCGGAGACCUUUCCCUAUGAGAAGUUCUUCAACGAGCAGAUCCAAAAGAAGAAGAAGGACCACUCCUACCGCAUCUUCAAGAAGGUGAACCGCCUGGCUGGUGACGGGUUGUUCCCUCAUGCACUCGAAUAUUCGGAGCGGUCCGAGAAGCCCAUUACUGUCUGGUGUUCCAACGACUACCUGGGCAUGUCUGCUCAUCCUAGCGUUAAGAGAGCCGUUCAAGAGGCCCUUAACAUGCACGGUUCUGGAGCCGGAGGAACCAGGAAUAUUUCGGGCAAUUCUCUGCACCACGAACGUCUGGAACGCAAGCUGGCAGAACUGCAUCAAAAGGAAGCCGGAUUGCUGUUCACUUCGUGCUUUGUAGCCAACGAUUCGACGCUCUUUACCCUUGCCAGGCUAUUGCCUGGCUGCCAAAUAUUCUCGGACGCAGGCAACCACGCUUCCAUGAUCAUGGGGAUUCGGAAUAGUGGUGUGCCCAAGCACAUAUUCCGGCACAACGAUGUGGACCAUUUACGUAGCCUUUUGAAAAAGGUGGACAAGAGCACCCCAAAAAUUGUAGCAUUUGAGACGGUACAUUCCAUGACAGGAGCUAUUUGCCCGUUGGAGGAGCUUCUAGAUGUUGCCCACGAGUACGGAGCCAUUACAUUUAUUGACGAGGUGCACGCCGUGGGUUUGUACGGCGAUCACGGAGCCGGAGUUGGAGAACGGGAUGGAGUAUUGCACAAAAUGGACAUUAUAUCGGGAACUUUGGGCAAGGCGUUUGGUAACAUUGGUGGUUACAUCGCUGGAUCCGAAAAACUUGUGGACAUGAUUCGUUCGUACGCAGCUGGCUUCAUCUUUACCACAUCCUUGCCGCCGACUGUGCUGUGCGGAGCCCUGGAGGCUGUCAACAUUCUGGCAUCGGACGAGGGUCGGGAGUUGCGUCAUUUGCACCAACGUAACGUCUCCUACCUGAAGAACUUGCUAAAGCGAGAAGGUUUCCCCGUCGAAGAAACUCCGAGUCAUAUCAUUCCAAUUAAAAUAGGGGACCCAUUGAAAAGCAGUCAAAUCUCAAAUGUUCUCAUGGAACAAUUCGGCCACUACCUUCAAUCCAUCAACUAUCCGACUGUAGCCCGCGGCGAGGAGAAACUCCGACUGGCACCCACACCCUUCCACACCUAUGCAAUGAUGAAUGCCCUCGUUACGGAUCUGAAGAAAGUCUGGGAAAUGGUGGAUCUCUCGACAAAUGUCCCGCUAUCACCGAAAGCGUGCAUGUUUUGCAACUCGGAGAGCUGUUGGCACCAGGACGCUUCUCCUGAUCUCGAGUGCGGAAUUCCCAACUGCCCGCGACUGGAAAUCUCCGUUGCUGCAUAAUUGGUGCCACCUUUGGUGGCAGACACUCUAAAUCAAGCAUUCGAAAUAUUUAGCAAUGCCUAAAAUUUAUCUUGUGGUUUUGGACAAAUAAAUAAUGGUUUUGGUGCAUAAAGUA